AUGUCUAGCUCCAAAAAGAAACUAACCUUAAACUCUGUAUCCAUAAACCUUGGUUGUGGAACAUGUAGAAAACCAAAACUAAGUUCCAUAUUCAACCCAAAACUAAAACACAAAAAACCUCACAUUCAUAACAACUCUUCAUCUUCUUCUUCAAAUUCAAAUUCAAACCCUUGGAGACAACGAGCCAGAGACAAUACCGAAACUUCAAGUAGCACUAGCAACACUACUUUACCAACAACAAAAACAUCAUUCGACUCAGACAAAUCAUCAUCAUCAUCAUCAUCAUCACUGAAAGGCUUUGGAAGAGUCGGAAACGAAGGAGUAGCGGUUGAGAAAGAUUCAGAUGAUCCUUAUCUUGAUUUUCGUCAUUCUAUGUUACAAAUGAUAUUGGAGAAUGAGAUAUGUUGUAAGGAUGAUCUUAGAGAGCUUUUGAACUGUUUUCUUGAGCUGAAUUCGGUGGAACAUCAUGGGAUUAUUAUAAGGGCUUUUACUGAGAUUUGGAAUGGAGUUUUUUCAGUUAAGUCUGGUUUUUCACCUGGGUUUCAUCUCAAACCGUAA